UUAGUAAUUUAAGUAACAGCCAGACUUCUCUCUCCUCUUAUAUUUUCCGGUUCUGCUUCUUCAUCGUCAUCGUGUAUAUUUACCGUUUUCCGCAUGUUUUCUCUUCUCUGUCAAUUUCUCUAUAUGACUAUAUAUUAGUCACAUUCCAAACGCGCCUUCAGGGUCUUUUUUUUCUUCUUCUUCCCUUCCUGUCUUUUAACCCACAAAAACCCUAGCCCUUACUCUCUCUCAAUAUCACACACACUCACAUUAUUAAAGAUCUCUAUCAAUUCAAUUGCAAAGAGGUAAGCUUUUCAAAACCCUUAAGGCCCAAUAAGAAUAAUUAAUCAUUAAAAAAUAAUACCCAGAACGGAAGUUUUAUUGGGUUAUAUUUAUCGCAAGUCUCUACUAAACCCUAGUGAAAAAGAAUCAUUGGUUUUCAAUUGCUACAAUUACUAAAAUGGAUGAUCUUGAGAAAGCAAUACUUAUAAGUUUUGAUGAAUCAGGCACUGUAGAUUCAUCACUGAAAUCGCAAGCAGUUUCUUUUUGUCAACAAAUUAAGGAUACCAAAUCAAUAUGCAGGAUUUGUAUUGAGAAAUUGUAUUUUUGUAAGCUUGUUCAAGUUCAGUUCUGGUGUUUACAGACUUUACACGAGGUUAUUAAGGUUAAGUAUGCUUUAUUAAGUUUAGAAGAGAAGGAUUUUAUUAGAAAAUCGGUGUUUUCUAUGUGCUGUUUUGAUGUGAUUGAUGAUGGCAAUGCUGUUAGGUUUUUAGAAGGUCCUGCAUUUAUAAAGAAUAAGCUUGCUCAGGUUUUGGUUACUUUAAUUUAUUUUGAAUACCCUUUGGUUUGGUCCUCGGUGUUUGUUGAUUUUUUGCCUCAUUUAAGUAAAGGAGCUAUAGUUAUUGAUAUGUUUUGUCGGGUUUUGAAUGCACUUGAUGAUGAGUUAAUUAGUUUAGAUUAUCCUCGAACACUGGAGGAGCUGACAGUGGCAGGGCGGGUUAAGGAUGCCAUGAGGCAGCAAUGUGUGGGCCAGAUAGUGAGAGCUUGGUAUGACAUUAUAUCUAUGUAUAGAAAUUCUGAUCCAGAGGUUUGUUCUAAUGUGUUGGAUUCGAUGAGGAGGUAUAUUUCGUGGGUCGAUAUUGGGUUGAUUGUGAAUGAUGCUUUUAUUCCCUUGUUAUUUGAGUUGAUAUUGGUUUAUGGAGAAUCUGAGCAGCUACAGGGUGCAGCUGCUGGGUGUGUUUUGGCAGUGGUUUCUAAGCGGAUGGAUCCACAGUCAAAGUUAACAAUAUUGAAAAGCCUUCAAAUUAGUAGGGUCUUUGCCUUGGUAACUGGGGAUAGUGAGUCAGAGUUAGUGUCAAAAAUAGCUGCAUUAAUUACUGGGUAUGCUGUAGAGGUUCUGGAGUGCUACAAGAGGGUUACUGCAGAAGAUGCUAAGGGGGUCUCACUGGAGCUGUUGAAUGAAGUUAUGCCCUCAGUUUUCUAUGUAAUGCAGAAUUGUGAGGUGGACACAGCGUUUAGUAUCGUUCAAUUCCUUUCAGGUUAUGUUGCCACUAUGAAGAGCCUAUCCCCAUUGAGAGAGAAACAAGCACAUUAUGUUGGUCAGAUUUUGGAAGUCAUUCGCACACAAAUUCGUUAUGAUCCAGUUUACCGUAAUAAUCUUGAUAUGUUGGAUAAGAUUGGAAGAGAAGAGGAAGAUAGGAUGGUUGAAUUUAGAAAGGACCUAUUUGUGUUGCUGCGCAGUGUGGGCCGUGUGGCACCUGAGGUUACCCAAGUAUUUAUCAGAAAUUCUUUAGUUAGUGCUGUUGCAUCUUCAACAGAAAGAAAUGUAGAAGAGGUGGAAGCUGCGGUUUCUCUUUUGUAUGCCCUUGGAGAAUCACUAAGUGAUGAAGCAAUGAGAACUGGGAGUGGGCUGUUGGGUGAAUUAGUGUCAAUGCUUCUUUCAACAAGAUUUCCUUGCCACUCUAAUAGGAUAGUGGCCCUGGUGUAUUUGGAAACGACAACUAGAUAUAUGAAGUUUGUUCAAGAGAAUACACAAUAUAUCCCCAUGGUUCUAACUGCCUUUCUUGAUGAGAGAGGAAUUCACCAUCCAAAUGUCCAUGUGAGUCGUAGAGCAAGUUAUUUGUUCAUGAGGGUUGUCAAAUUGCUGAAAGCAAAGCUUGUUCCAUUCAUAGAGAGAAUUUUGCAGAGCCUCCAAGAUACAGUUGCUCGUUUUACAAGUAUGGAUUAUGCAUCACAUGAGCUUUUUGGAUCUGAAGACGGUAGCCACAUUUUUGAGGCAAUUGGUUUGUUAAUUGGCAUGGAAGACGUACCGUCAGAGAAACAAGCUGAUUAUCUCUCUGCACUGCUCACUCCUCUUUGCCACCAGGUUGAGAUUCUGCUCAUGAAUGCCAAAGUGCUAAAUUCAGAUGAGUCCCCUGGGAAAAUUAUUAAUAUUCAGCAAAUAAUAAUGGCUAUUAAUGCACUCAGCAAGGGUUUCAGCGAGCGUCUUGUAACUGCUAGUCGUCCGGCAAUAGGCCUCAUGUUCAAGCAGACGUUGGAUAUUCUUCUACAAAUUCUUGUUGUCUUCCCAAAAAUUGAGCCUCUCCGGAGUAAGGUCACGUCCUUCAUCCAUAGGAUGGUCGACACUUUAGGAGCAUCUGUAUUUCCUUACCUACCAAAGGCAUUGGAGCAGUUGCUUGCAGAAUGUGAGCCACGAGAAAUGGUUGGUUUUCUUGUUCUACUCAAUCAACUUAUUUGCAAAUUUAAUACCUUAGUUCAUGACAUAGUGGAGGAAGUUUUUCCAGCCAUUGCUGGCAGGAUAUUUAGUGUUAUACCAAGGGAUGCAUUUCCUUCAGGACCUGGAACCAAUACUGAGGAAAUCCGUGAAUUACAAGAACUUCAGAAAACAAUGUACACAUUCCUUCAUGUCAUAGCUACACAUGAUCUAUCUUCAGUCUUCCUUUCACCCAAAAGCAGGGGCUAUUUGGAUUCCCUGAUGCAGAUGUUACUGCACACAGCUUGUAAUCACAAAGAUAUUCUUGUAAGAAAGGCAUGUGUGCAGAUAUUCAUUAGAUUAAUCAAAGAUUGGUGUGUCAAACCCUAUGGUGAAGAAAAGGUACCUGGUUUUCAAAGUUUCAUAAUCGAGGCCUUUGCAACAAACUGUUGUCUGUUUAGUGUGCUUGAUAAGUCCUUUGAGUUCCAAGAUGCAAAUACUUUUGUUUUGUUUGGAGAAAUUGUACAGGCGCAGAAGGUCAUGUAUGAGAAGUUUGGCAAUGAUUUCCUUGUUCAUUUUGUAUCGAAAAGCUUUCAAUCUGCACAUUGCCCUCAAGAACUGGCACAGCAAUACUGCCAAAAGUUGCAGGGUAGUGAUCUCAAGACAUUGAAAUCAUUCUACCAGUCACUCAUUGAAAAUUUAAGGCUCCUACAGAACGGAAACCUUGUUUUCAGAUAGCAUACCAUAAAGACAUGAAGAUACGCUGUGUUUUUCGGCAAAAGAUCGUCACUGUUUUGCUUAGAUGUCAUGUGAUUUUUUAAUUUUAGGGGGUAAUCCAGUCCAGUCCAGCGAAGGAUAUCUCUGUGUAAAUAGCAAGCUUGUUUUUUUUUAUUAAAAUUUUUGUGGACACAGUUGUAUAUUUCCGGCAACACAUCUUUUCAUUGCGCAAAAAAGUUAGUUUCGUUCAAGCAGCGAUUUUCCUUUAAGUUUGUUUUUAUUUAUCCUCUCCCUUUUUUGGUAGAUCAGAUGUAUGUAAACAAAUUCUAAGUUUAGGGUUCUUGAAGAAAAUGGCUACAUUUUUUUGUUGGGCCAUGUUUUGGAUAGAAUGUUCAUAAGAAAGUAUAUAUAAGUGUUUGUUUGCUGAUUAAUUAAUUAAUUAUUAUUAUAUUC